GGAUCUUGUUUUGGAGUUGAAAAACAACGCCUCCAAGUUGUUGCUGGCCGUCAUGGAGAUUCGUGGCGACAGCGAGAACGCGGAAAGGAUCCUGUACAAUAUGAAUCCUCGCCAAAAGUUGGUCGGUGGAGAAGAGGCGGCCAGUCCGAAAGAGGUCGGCCUCAACAUUUACAUUUUGUGCCACCAGUUGGCGCAGCAAAACAAAGAAUUGGCCGCCCUGAUGAAACCGCCGCCAGUUGACGGAGUCAGCGGUGAUUUGGCCCUGCAGUACUACGCCAAUCACACUGCGCAAAUCGAAAUUGUCCGUCAUGACCGGACGAUGGAGCAGAUUGUCUACCCUAUUCCGGAAAUGUGCGAGUAUUUGACCAACUACACGAAAGUGCGCGUCUUCCACACGGCGGAGCGCGACGACCAGGGAUCGAAAGUGGCCGUCUUCUUCGAAGGAGUCGACGACAUAUUUGACGAGAUGAAAUGGCAGAAGAAAUUGCGCGGACAGCCGUUCCUCUUUUGGGUCAGCUCGCACAUGUCCAUCUGGAGUCAAAUCCUCUUCAAUUUGGCCGUCAUUAUCAACUUGAUUGUCGCCUUCUUUUACCCGUUUGACACUGACGGACCGGCUCCUGAUCCUGGCACUCACCUCUCAGUUCUUGUCUGGGCACUAUCUGCCGCUGUGGCCAUCACGUUACCCAAACCGUCGGAUAUUAGGACUCUCGUCAUGACAGUCAUCCUCCGGCUUAUUUGCUCAGCCGGCCCUCAACCCACACUGAUGCUCCUUGGCACCGCCACGGUAGUGUUGAAGGGCGUCCAUUUGCUGAGCAUCAUGGGCAACGCUGGGACAUUCCAGCGGAGCGUCAGUCCUCAGACAAAUCUGCACGGACACGGAGAUCGUCUACCACGUCUUUUACCUCAUCUUUUGCUUCCUCGGACUCAGCACCACCCAUCCGUUCUUCUUCUCCGUCCUUUCGUUUGACGUCGUCUACCGCGAGGAGACGCUGCUCAACGUCAUCCGCUCAGUGACGCGAAACGGCAGGUCCAUCGUUCUCACUGCCGUUUUGGCUCUCAUCCUAGUCUACAUGUUCUCAAUCAUCGGGUACAUUUUCUUCAAGGACGACUUUUUGGUCGAAGUGGAUGGCGACUCUGUGACAGGUGUCGUGCCGGGAUCCUGUUCAUCCGACGAUAUUAGAUGUUCCGGUGGUUCCACUAAUUCGUUCAUGGGCCAAAUCGAAGAAGCAGAGGGCAGUGGUGGUGGUGGUGAGAGUCGAGAAAGAGCCUGCGAUUCCCUCAUCAUAUGCAUCGUCACAACUCUUAACCAAGGCCUGCGUAACGGUGGAUGCAUCGGUGACAUUCUGCGCGCACCAUCCAGCAGGGAGCCAAUGUUUGGAGCUCGAGCGAUUUAAGACAUGCUCUUCUUCUUCGUGGUCAUCAUUAUUGUCCUUAAUCUAAUUUUCGGUGUCAUUAUCGACACGUUCGCCGAUCUGAGGAGCGAGAAGCAACAAAAGGAGGAGAUUUUGAAGAACACGUGUUUCACCUGCGGCCUCGAGUCGCUCCCAGUUCGACAAUAAGGCCGUCAGCUUCGAGGAUCACAUCCACCACGAGCACAACAUGUGGCAUUAUCUUUAUUUUAUCGUCCUCGUACGGGUCAAAGAUCCCACCGAGUUCACUGGACCUGAAAGCUACGUCUACGCC